UCGAGAUUCUGGCACCGCUUUAAAAUGCGCAUGUUAAUUUUCCAGACUCCCGAGGUGUAAUUGAUCAUUGAAUUAAGUCAAAUUUUAUUUAGUUUCCACACAAAAAGUAUUCUUGUAGCUUUGUAAAAUAACGGUUGAACCCCUGAUGUCAUAUGGAUUAUUUUACCAGUCUUCUCAUGUUUGUGGACAUUGAUCAUGUAAGGACUCUUGCUGUAUAUGGGAGGGUCAGAGAGCUCUCAGAAUGCAUUGUAAAAAAAUAAUUGUAUUUGUUUUCUGAAGAUGAACGGGGGUCUUGCAGGUUUUGAAUGAUCCUUGUAACACACUAUUAUAAAGAUGGCAUUUAUUAAAGAGGAUAGUGAAGACAUGAAGAUUGAAGAAACAUUCAGAGUCAAACAUGAAGAUACUGAGGAACAAACAAAGAUGGAGUUUAUUAAAGAGGAGAGUGAAGACAUGAAGAUUGAAGAAACAUUCAGUCUCAAUCAUGAAGAUAAUGAGGAACAAACGAAGAUGGAGUUUAUUAAAGAGGAGAGUGAAGACAUAAAGAUUGAAGAAACAUUUAGAGUCAAACAUGAAGAAACUGGGGAACAAACAGACCUGAUGACACGGAAAGAGGGGAGUCAAGAAUUCGUUGAAAAGGAAGAUAAUAUUCAACAUGAGAAAUAUCAUUUCAUGACUGGAGAAAAAUCAUUUAGUAACUCACCUACAGAAAAGACUCAAAAAAGAGCUCAAAAGACAGUAGAUAUAAGUUAUUUCACCUGCCAACAGUGUGGGAUAAGAUUCGCCAGAAAAGAUCAUCUUGAAGUCCACAUGAGAGUUCAUACUGGAGAGAAACCUUUCACCUGCCAACAAUGUGGAAAGAGUUUCACUCACAAAAAAAACCUUAGACGCCACAUGAGAAGUCAUACUGGAGAGAAACCUUUCACCUGCCAACAAUGUGGAAAGAGUUUCACUCACAAAGGAAACCAUGGAAAACACAUGAGAGUUCAUACUGGAGAGAAGCCUUUCACCUGCCAACAGUGUGGAAAGAGCUUCAUUCAAAAAUCAAACCUUAUAGACCACAUGAGAAUUCAUACUGGAGAGAAACCUUACACAUGCCAACAAUGUGGAAAGAGUUAUACACAAAAACGAACCCUCGUUUUACACAUGAGAAUUCACACGGGAGAAAAACCUUUCUCCUGCAAACUGUGUGGAAAGAGCUUCAUUCAAAAACCAAACCUUAGAGACCACAUGAGAAUUCACACUGGAGAGAAACCUUACACAUGCCAACAAUGUGGAAAGAGUUUCACUCACAAAGGAAACCAUGAAAAACACACGAGAAUUCAUACUGGAGAGAAACCUUACACAUGCCAACAAUGUGGAAGGAGUUUUACACAAAAAGGAACCCUCGUUAACCACAUGAAAAUUCACACGAGAGAGCAACCUUUCUCCUGCAAACUGUGUGGAAAGAGUUUCAAUCAAAUACGAGCCCUCCUUAACCACAUGAGAAUUCACACUGGAGAGAACCCAUGAGUUUUGAAAAUAAAGUAGCUUUAUUUAUUACAGCAGGUCACACAUUCCUGCAUGUUCUAAUUUUGUGUGUCCCCCAAAAAAGUUUUACAUGCAUCUAAGGUAGGGGUGGUAAUUAUGAGCUAAAAUUCUUAUCACAAUAUUUAACACUGUCCAGGUGAUAUCAUUAUUACAAGUGCUGGUCAUAUAUAUGUCAUACAUAUGUGUGACGCUUCUGACGCUGUCUGUUGUUCAAGAGUGGCUUGACACAAGGAAUGCGAAGCUGAAACCCAUGUCUUACAUACGUCUGUGUGUAGUGGUUCUUGAAGCACUGACUCCAGCUGUGGUCCACUCUGUGUGAAUCUCCCCCAAAUUUUUGAAUGGGUUUUGUUUCACAAUCCUCUCCAGGAUGCGGUUAUCCCUAUUGCUUGUACACUUUUUUUCUACCACAUCUUUUCCUUCCCUUCACCUCUCUAUUAAUGUGCUUGG